AUGUCCCUGUUUUUCCCCCUUUUCCCAACCCAUCCUUGUGCCGGGAAGGUGAAGGAGCAGGCGGAGGUGUCGGGAAGCCCCCCUUGGAGCACGGGACCCCCCGGAAUUGGGUGGAAAAAGGGGGAAAGCAGGGAAAAGGCAGCGGAGGAGCUGGCGGCCACGGGGGACACGGGGGACAGCGGGGUCCCCUCGGCGUGUCCCCAGCAGGAUCGGGACGUGGCACUCCCGGAAUGCGGGGACGGUGGAGCCGAGACCCUGCGGAAUUCCUCGGCUGCUUCCAUGGAUUCCCAGAGCAGCAGCGAGCCCCCGGCUCUGGAUGCUUUCCCCCUGAAGCACUCCAACACCCUGACCAACAGACAGCGAGGCAACGAGGUCUCCGCGCUGCCGGCCACGCUGGACACGCUGUCCAUCCACCAGCUCGCUGCCCAAGGGGAGCUCAUCCAGCUGAAGGAGCACCUGAGGAAAGGUGAGAAUUUGGUGAACAAACCUGACGAGAGAGGCUUCACCCCCCUGAUCUGGGCCGCAGCUUUCGGGGAAAUCGAGACCGUCCGGCACCUCCUGGAAUGGGGCGCCGAUCACCCACGCGCUGGCCAAGGAGGCGGGGAGAGCGCUCUGGCCCUGGCCAGCAUGGGCGGCUACACCGACAUCGUCACCAUGCUGCUGGACAGGGACGUGGACAUCAACACCUACGACUGGAACGGGGGCACCCCCCUGCUCUACGCCGUGCGCUCGGGAAACCACAUCAAGUGCGUGGAGACCCUCCUGGCUCGCGGCGCUGACCUGACGGAGGAGGCGGAUUCGGGAUACACCCCCCGAUGGACCUGGCGGUGGCCUUGGGACACAAGAAAGGUGAUCGAGAACCACAUCCUGAAGCUGUUCCAGAACAAGAAGAAGAAGAAGUGA